AUGAAUCGGUUUUUACUUAGCAUCAAAUAUCCUCACACUAUAAAACAACAUCCUGCUGAUAUAGAAUCUACUGGCAAAUGGAAAGCAACACAACUACGUGUUUUCCUCUUAUGUAUUGCUUUACCUUUUGCUGUUCAUUAUUAUAUACCACAACCACAUCGUCGUCAACCACCUGCACAAACAUUUACACAGCCCUCAACACCAACACCUGAAGCUGUUCUUAAAAUUGAAGAAGAUGUAUCAACAGAUAUUGAUAUUCGUGGUGCUAUUGAUAAAAUAAAUCUUCGACUUGAAUCAUUAGAAAAUAAUGUAAAAGAAUUUCGAGCUCAACAAAAUUCAAUGAUGAGGUUUUAUCAUGGAAUUAAUUUACUUGAUUCAGAACCACCUAUUGAACCAACUGUCCUUCUCUGCUCGUCAAUUCGUAAGCUUUAUACGAAUGAAGAAAUAAAAAAUGGCAUCGUAUUUAAUGAUCGUAUGGAAAAAAUAAAAGAAUUAAUUAAAGAAACAUAUUUCAAGGAGCAUUUAAUCGAAUUCGAAGUUUUCUAG